GCGGCCGUACGCGUUGCAACGCGAAUUACUUUAAACGUAAUUAUCGGCAAAUUCGCUUUAAACGCUUUUGGUAUCGCGAUUGGGGGCGCUUUAAGGGUACCGCUUGUAGUCGCAACUGGUAUAUCCGGUUUUGGGGGGUCGUUUUUCGGGCUCGUCGUUACUUUUACCCCUUACCGGUGGGAAGCUAUCGCUUUUCCCGGGCCGUAUAAAGCCGUAAUACGAAUUGCCCAUACGUAA